AUGGAGAGCCUCAUAGAGAUCGCGCGGCGGCCAUUCCUGGAGAUGGCCCCUGACCUGGCGGGCGCCCUGGUCUACCUGGACGCUGGGGCAGCUGAGGUGGCGCAGCUCUCGCUGGGGCCCGCCUUCCUGUUUGGGUGGGAGCGGCAGCAGCAGCAGCAGCAGGAGCAGCAGCAGCAGCAGCAGCAGCAGGAGGAGGAGCAGCAAGGGGGAACAGUAGCAGCAGCAGCAGCAGCAGCAGCAGCAGCAGCAGCGAUCAGAGAGCGCCUGGGCGCCGCCAACGUGUGUGAGCUCGAGAACCCCCAUCCUGAUGACGUGCUCUUCGGGCAGCUGCUCGCGGCAACGGCCGCCCCCAGCGCGGCGCCGCCGCGGCUGCACGUGGUGUUCGUGCUGACGCGGCUGCUGACGGACUCGCACCCGCUAGUAAUGCGGGCCCUCAUGGUGCACCCCGCGGCGGCGCGGGUGACGCUCUGCUGCUCUCUGUCCGAGCUGGCGCACGCGCAGCAGGCGGGCACGGAGCUGGGGGUGGAGGCGUUCACCGAGUAUGCGGACGCCCUGCGUCAGGACCUCGCCCAGGCGCGCGCGGCCGCGGGCCUGCCUGUGCCGCGGGAGGACUCCCUCCGGCUCGCCGUGCGCCACCUGCCGCUGCACCUGGCGGCCCUCGACGGCACAACAUUCGUGCUGCCCGCCGCCGGCGCGCCCGCGCGUCCGAGCGCGCCGUGCACCUCCGGCGGCCGCGCCGCGGGGUUCGGGCCCGCGGACCGCGCCAGCGAUGACGCGGACGAGGGCGCGAUGGGCGUGUCGGGCGGCCUCAGCCUCCUGGCGCAUGCGCUGGUUGAUGUGGCGCGGCAGAUGGGGGUCCGGGCGGAGCCGUUUGCCCUUGGGCCGGUCAGCGCGGCGCUCGCCCAAGAGAUCGGCACCCUGCCGCAGCUCACCCAGGGCGCUGGGGGCGCCCUCUUCGGCAGCGCGGCCGCCGCUGCGCCAGAUGGCCCUCACGCAUCGCCGCGCUUCGCGGCCGGCGGGGGUGGCGGCGGCGGCGGCUUUGGGGGGCAGCCGAGUUCAAUGGCUCUGAUCCUCAUAGAUCGCAGCCUCGAUCUGGCCACCCCUUGCUGCCACGCCGACCACUUUUUGGACGCCGCCACAGAGCUGCUGCAGCGGCGGCCGCCGGCGCCGCCGCCGCCGCACGCAGCGGCGGGGCGAUGGGCGGCCUACAGGCCGGCAGAGAUCCGAAUAGAGGCCCCCAGCGUCGCCCCCUGGGACUGCCUCGGCCCCGACAGCGCCGGCGCGAGCGCCGCGAGCGCCCCGCCGCCCGACGGCGACGCCGACGCGCCUGCUGCCGCCGCUGUUGCAGCCGCCGCCGAUGCGGCGCCGCCAGACCCGCUGCCGCCGCUGGCUGGCGCGCCGCCGCUGGGGGCGCCGCUGUUUGACCCGUCUGACCGACGCGCGGCGCGGCUGCUGGAGCAGGCGGCGUCGGCGAAGCGGGGGCGGGACGCGCUGGCGGCGGCGCGCAAGGCGCUGAGGGACGCGGUGCGGGCGGAGAGGGUGGCGCCGGCGGCGAGGGCGAAGCUCAGCGCGGGGGUGACGGCGGCGGAGCUCGAGUCUCUGGCGGCGGCGCUCGCGCAGGCGCCAGGCGACGCGGCCCUGCGGCAGCUUCCCGCCAUCUUCCUGGGCCUGACUGCCGCCCAAGUGCUGACGAGCCCGCGCUGGGACGCCUGGGGGGCGCUCGCCUCGAUGGAGCGCCAGGUGUGGCGCCGGCGGGGGUGA